AUGGACGGCUUCCUCGGUAAAAUCAUCGAAAAAGUCGCUGGUGGUGGCAGCAGCAGCAGCGGCGGCGGCGGUUACGGCUACAAUCAACAACCCAGCUACGGUGGACAAGGCCAGGGUUACAACGCUGGUCCCGCCCCUCCCCAGGGCCUCCCUUACCCGUGGGUCGCCCGCUGGGAUGAUCGCGACCAGCGCUGGUUCUACGUGAACGAGCAGACCGGCGAGAGGUCUUGGGAGCGGCCGUACGGCGGCAGUGGCAGUGGUGGCGCUCCGUCUUACGGAGAGCGAUCGUACGGUCAGCCUCAGCCGUCGUAUGGUUAUGGAGGCGGCUAUGGGCAGCCGCAGGGACAACAACCGGAACGCAAGGAUCAUACUAUGAUGUAUGGUGUGGCGGCGGGGGCGGCCGGUUUGGCGGGCGGUGCGUUACUGAUGCAUGAGGGGGAGAAAAUCCGUGAGUUGUCCCUUGAUUGGAGCCGGAAAAAAGGCGCGUUGUUGACCUGUACAGAUGAGCGCUGGGAUGAGGAUAAGGAGCGAAUCGAGCAGAAUGUUGAGGAUUUCCCCGAGGAUGCGGCACGGUGGACCGGCGAAAAGGUUUGUGCUCUUCUGUCGUGCUUGCAGACAGACGCUGACAACCACGGAUAUCAGGUCGGUGAAGUCGAGCGGAUCCCAGAGAAUAUUGAACAGGGCUGGGAUCGCACCGAGGACCGCAUCGAGAAUAAGUGGGACAAUGCAGUCGACGAUGUCGAGGACUUUCCUGAGAAUGCGGCGGGAUGGGCAGGACGAAAAGUCGGCGAGGUGGAACAAUUUGGCGACAAUAUAGACUAUGCCUAUGAUGAGGGAAGGGCUGAGGGUCGGGAUGAUUGGUAG